GAAAUGCGUAAACACCCAGAGUUGAGGCCGAUAGUUCGAUCCAUGGGGAAAUUGAAGAGUGCGAGUAAUUCGUCUCUCAUUGAGAUGUGUAUUCUCACCAACACUCUGGAUGAGGCCAGGAUGAUAUCUCGGGAGUAUUUAGCUCGGAAGACUGGCAGGCCGAACAAAAGGGCAUCUUCUGUGGCUGAUUUGGCUUCCCCCUAUAGUCGAACAUCCGAGGCCAAAAACU